GACAACUCAUUUCGCUUCCUUUCCCAACAACUUAGAAGGCGUUCUACACGUGCAAACAUCAUUGCAGACCAGAGAUACCCAAAGUAAAAUGGCCUACCUUAGCUGUGAGCAGAAAAAGGAGCUAAAGCGGGUUGCUGAGGCAAUUGUUGCUCCAGGCAAAGGCAUUUUAGCUGCGGAUGAGAGCACAGGAACGAUGGGCAAAAGACUUGCAAACAUUGGCCUGGAGAACACCGACGAGAAUCGCAGAAGGUAUCGAGAGCUGCUGUUUACUGCCGACAAAUCUAUUGCCCAGUAUCUUGGCGGUGUUAUUCUGUUUCACGAUACUCUGUAUCAGAAGUCAAAGGAUGGCGUGCCAUUUGUCCAACUUAUAAAGGAGAGGGGAAUCAUUCCAGGAAUCAAGGUUGACAAAGGCCUAGUCAAUUUACCAGGAACUAUCGACGAGACAACAACCCAAGGCCUAGAUGGCAUGGCUGAACGUGUUCAGCAGUACGUGAAAGAUGGUGCUCAGUUCGCCAAAUUCCGUUGUGUUAUCAAAAUCAACGUGGCAAAUAACGUACCCACCGAUGUUGCGAUUCAAGAAAAUGCCCAAGUCCUCUCGAGGUAUGCAGUGAUUUGCCAAGCCAAUGGCCUCGUCCCAAUUGUGGAACCAGAAAUUCUUAUAGAUGGAACACACGAGCUUAACGUUGCACAACGAGUGACAGAAAGGGUUCUUGCAUGUGUAUACAAAUCCCUAAUAGACCACCAUGUUUACCUGGAAGGAACGCUUCUCAAGCCCAAUAUGGUAACCCAAGGACAAUCUUGCUCAACAAAGUACACUCCACAACAAGUCGCAGAAGCAACCGUCACCACUCUUCAAAGAACCACCCCUGCUGCAGUACCAGGCAUCACAUUCUUGUCUGGUGGCCAAUCAGAGGUUGAUGCAACUCUUCACCUUGAUGCCAUUAACAAACACCAAGGUAAAAAGCCAUGGGCAUUGACCUUCUCCUAUGGCCGUGCCCUGCAAGCUUCAGUAUUGAAAGCUUGGGGAGGAAAGGAGGAAAACGUUGCAGCUGCACAGAAAGAAUUGUUGAAAAGAUCGUACUUGAACAGUUUGGCAGCACUUGGGAAAUACGAAGGAGAAGAGCUGUCAGAAGGAGCUCAGCAAUCACUCUUUAUAAAAAACCAUUCAUACUAAAAUAUAUGCAGACUGAACACAAACUGAUAGCAUGCUGAAAUUAUUUACAAGUGAGAUAUUUAAUGUGACUGGGAUUUUUCAAUUAACAGUGUAAUUCUUAUAGAAAGAUAAUGUUGUGGUCCAUGUUUCGAAGUUGGCGAUAACAUCUUUAUUUUAUCUUAAUGCAUUCUUACAAUUGCUGAAUAGAAUAACAUUUAACACCUGCAA